UAUCCAAAGUAUACAAAAUUGUGGCACUUUUUAGGAAACUCCCUUACCCGAUGCCCUUGUGAGGGAACGCGUCACAGAGAUGUUACACUACAGGCAAUAACACUUCUGACAGUUGUCCAAAAGUAAAAGUUGAACUUGGGAGGCACUUCAUGCGAAAUUUCACUCUUACGGCAGGAAUGUGACCAAAAUUUGUACGACGCUGUCAAAAUGUGCUGUCAUCUGUCACAAACCUGCACUUCGGCGUGGAGUAAAGUUAUCAUCACAGUAAAUAUCUGUAUCGACAUUUCUAUUCGAUGAAAAACUAAAAAGUACGGCGACAAGACUAACAAUGGCGGGUCGCUCAAGUCCUAAAGGCAGCACCGGAGACUUUGCCAAAAAAUGCCAAAGACGGCUGAGCAGAGGCAAAGAAAAGGUCCUGCAGAAAUUUGGGAAGUCAGAAGAGACCAGGGAUGAUCAAUUUGAACAUUAUGUACAAGAGUUUGACGACCAACAGGCUGAUGGCAACAAACUCUACAAAGACCUGAGGAAUUAUGUAGAAGCAGUCAGAGAUAUGCGAGAAGCCUCGAGACGUCUUUCGCAGUCCUUCUUCGAUGUUUACGAAAGCGACUGGGUGGGACAAGAAGACGUCGGCGCUAUAGUGGAGGGGGAGGACCUCCUCUGGAAUGACUACGAGGUGAAGCUGUUGGACCAGGCCGUUCGGACCAUGGAGUCCUAUACGGGCCAGUUCCUCGACGUCAGGGAAAAAGUGGCCAAAAGGGGGAGGAAACUGGUGGACUACGACUCAACCCGUCACCACCUGGAGUCUCUGCAGAUGGCGAAGAAAAGAGACGACAUCAAAAUUAACAAGGCAGAAGAAGAGAUGAAUGGUACCAAAUGUGUCUACGAAGGAAUCAAUAAUGAGCUGAAAAAGGAGCUCCCUGCGCUGCAUGAAAGCCGCAUUGGAUGCUACGUGACCGUCUUCUCUGCAAUAUCAAGUUUACGGGACAUCUUCUAUAAGGAAAUGAGAACACUCAACAUGGAUCUGCACAAUGUGGUGAAGGAACUGCAAGCCCAGCAUCCAGACAAAGUGUUUUCUGUCAAGGGAAUGCAGAGGUAUGGCUCCCUGAGGAGACGAACCCUGAUUUCCCCCAAGGCUUGGAAGUCCAGCUUCUCUGAGUUCCACAGGAGCUACAACCCCAAAAGUGGCCAAAGAUUUAGUUUCAGAUCCCCGGAGAAACCUCGCCACAGCACUCUGUCCAGAGAGAGUAGCGCCGUCGCAGUCUCUCCGCUGUCACCUCCUUUGGAGAACACCAAUUUGGAGUCGAGGGGCUCAAGCCGCAUCAAGAUACACGAUCUUUGUGAACAAGAGGAUGCUGGGGAAGCUGAAAACAAGCCCGUGUCAGAAAAAGAAGUCACCGAUCCCGAGAAGGGUGAGGGUUUGAAAGAAGAAGAAGAGGCUGGAGCCAAGAGUCCCGCAAAUUCGCAAGAGAAGCAAGUCGACCGUCCACCGAGCGAGAGCAGCUGCGAGCUCAACAACUCGUGUGACUCCGACAGUUUGGAGCUCCAGCUGACCGCAGAAGACGACGCUCCACUGCACAUCAACGACAUGGGCCACAGCCACGACGCUCCCAAGGCCAACGGAAUGGAGAACGGGGACGUUCCCGGGUUCGACUCUGAGGAGAUGGGCAAGGCAGCCUCGGCAGACUCCAAGAGCACAGAGGUCUAACCAGUCCACUGUGAGCAUCUGAGAGCGGAAGAGACGGAAACCAACGACUGCAGAAGAAGAAGGAGGAACAAGAUUUGAUGUCAUUGUUGUACACCCUCCUACAUACUCAGCAUCUAUUUUUUUUUUUAUUUUUGUCCACUUAUAGACAUAGAGCAUAGCCACAAUCAUGAUAUGUUGUAUUUUAAUGCUACUAUACUUGUUUUGUCACUCUUGAAUGAAGAUGUUAAUCCACAAUUCGAAGUAGGUAGCUCAUUAAUUCAUUUUCACAUAUCCAAGGGAUUCCAAUCAUUUUUUUUAAUUGAAAUUAAAAGAAUUGCGUUAAAAUGGCAUCCAUCAAUGUACAAGUAGUUCAAAUCUCAUCAUCAUGCUUCAUGUGUGGCAUUCGCAGGGUCUGUCUGUGCUUGCGUGGGUUUUCUCUACACGCUCCAGCUUCCUGCCACAUUCCAAAACUGUCCUUGUGAGUGUGAACAGGUUUUUUUCUUUGGUCCACGUGUUUAUCAGCAUGUUCCUUCACUUCACUUCCGGCCCAGAUUCGUUUGCGGAACCCAACCCUUAUGAGGACGAGCACUCGAGAAAAUGGAUGGUAGGAGUGCAGUAUUUGGCCACAGCCAGCAGAGAUGCUGCCAAAAAGAAGUACAACAUCACAUGAAUUAUGGAAAGUUUGGCUAUAGCACACCUCUCCUGGUCAACAUUAUUCUAAUGUAUCUCAAUCCAUCCAUCCAUUUUCUUAGCCGCUUAUCCUCACGAGGGUCGCGGGGAGUGCUGGAGCCUAUCCCAGCCGACAACGAGCAGGAGGCGGGGUACACCCUGAACUGGUUGCCAGCCAAUCGCAGGGCACAUAGAGAGCGGAGUGCCCGGAGAAAACCCACGCAGGCACCGGGCGAACAUGCAAACUCCACACAGGUGGGUCCGGGAUUGAACCCUGGACCUCAGAACUGUGAGGCCAACACUUUACCACGUGAUCCCCGGUGCCGCCAUGUAUCGCAAUGAUAUAUUCAAAUAAUGAUUUGUUUUUAUCCACUACUUGUCAUUUUACUUAUAAUAAUGUUAACAUUCCAUCAAUCUUCUUUUUAUAGUAACCUAUUCACAGUUUCUUUCGGCUUGUCCCGUUAGGGGUCGCCACAACGUAACAUCUCGGAUGAACGCUCAUAUUUGUUUGGCACAGUUUUUACGCCGGAUGCCCUUCCUGACGCAACCCCUCCUGGGGAGUGGAGGCCCCAGUGAGAUACGAACUCACGACCCUUGGUUUACCAAACCAAUGCUCUACCCACAUAUUCAGACAUUUGAUUGAUUUUGAAAUUAUGGUGGCCAAAAAGCUCGAAUGAUUUACGUCUAAAUAGUUUAUUGGCUGUUAUGUCUGAAAUAACCAGUUGCAGUGCUUGUUGGAUGAUUA